AUGGUGCUGGGUAGAAAUGCCGUCAAAGGCGAAGAUGAGGCAGCGAGGUCCAUUGGACCGGCCGGUAGCCGAGCCAUCUGCCUCCUGGCUUCCUUCAAAACCUGGAAGAAACUGCCUCUAGUUGAAAACAUGCCAACUGUUAGAAUUAGCAGCGCAUUGUGUUCUCCCAAUGUCAAAUUUGUUCGUUGGAAAGUACACGAAGACUGGGUGACUCAGUUGAACUACUAUGAUUCCAUUCAAGUCGUCAUUUCUGCCUCCAUCCAUGAGCCCACUGCUCUAGUAAUAGGAUGUACCACUGGAACAACAAAUGUUCAGCAAAAGAUGAAGGAAAUAAGGGAUGUUAAGAAAGAUGGAAAAGUAAGAAAAUGGCACCAAGCAACCCUUAGUCUGCCCCAGAGGAGAGCAGAGGACAAUCAAACAGUUUUCCAAGUGCAUAAAGGAGUCAAAGCAUUUUCAUUCUGUAAAAGAAACAACUUGCUACUAACAGGUGGAAUGGAUCGAAUAAUUCGAAUCUGGAACCCUUAUGUUCCAGGAAAACCAACUGGCAUGCUGAAAAGCCACCUAGCUCCGGUCUUUUACCUCCACAUAGCCGCAGAGGAGAACAGAAUAUUUUCAAUGUCCACUGACAAUAUGGUCAAGAUCUGGGAUCUUGAGAACCACAACUGUUUGUUCACUGCUUGCCCCAAAGCCAGUGGCAUCCAAGGAGAGCUUACUGCUUGUCACUACCUGUCCAGCAUCAAAGCACUGUGUGUUGCCACAGAUUCUAUCUAUCUCCUACAUCUAAGGAUGAGAGCUCGCCCUGAGCCUCACCUGGUGGUUUCUCACAAGGAGCCUGUAGUGUGCUGCAGGUACAACAAGACAUUUAGACAUGUGGUUAGCUGCUCGGAAGGGUCCGUGAUUAAAGUGUGGGAUUUUGAAACAGGAAUGUUGCUGUCUGAAUUUACUGGAGCUCAUGGCAAUAUGGAAAUCACCUGCCUGACAUUUGACCCCAGUGGGAGAAGGCUGGUCACUGGUGGCAGAGAUGGGUGUUUAAGAAUCUGGAAUUACAACAAUGGGCAUUGUCUGAAGAUUCUGACCCAAGAUGAGAAGCACAAUGAAGUCUGUGAUUGUACCUAUGUGGAAGUGUAUCAAAAUAAGUACAUUAUAGCUGUUGGAUGGGACAGAAGAAUAAACAUGUACUUUGAUUCUCCUCACGAUUUUCAUGAUUUCUGGAGGCCUCAGCCACAUUGGCCAGAUGAUCUAAUCCGGGGACAUAAGGAUGAUAUUUUAUGUGUCGUUCAGUGCCCACCUUCUCUUCUUGCCACUUCUAGUUAUGAUGGGGAAAUUAUCAUUUGGAAUUUGAUCUCAGGACACAUAUACUGCAAGCUAAAUACACCAGUCCUUACUUACUGCUCUGAAGAUCCAGAAGGUAAAGACAGAAGCAUUUCUCAUCUUACUUUCCUAAAGACCCGUGCAGCCAAAUUUGAAUCAACAGCUGCUUCUCUCAUUUCCAAUGGGCCCCAAGGUUCUGUUAUUUUCUGGAGUCUAUUCAGUGGGGCCCAGCUCAUAGCCAGCUUCAUACCUUCCAGAGGAAAAUCCCAGAUCCGCAGCAUUGUGGUGACCACGGGAGAUACCUGUGUCUAUGUGGCAGACAACAUGGGUUAUGUGUACAUGUAUGACAUCAAGGAUUAUGCCCUCAGGGGACCAGAACAAGAACCACCCAAAAGUGUCAAGUUCUGGAGAGCCCACAUUAAUGCAGUCACAUCCUUAGAGCUGAUAGAGGAAGAAAAGGCUCUAUUGUCUUCCUCCAUUGACUGUACAGUUCGUUUAUGGAGCAUGGAUGGAGAGUAUAUAGGUACUUUUGGACAGAGUGAACUCUGGGAUGUUUAUACAGCUGCCUCCUGGAAACACCCUGUGAUGCCCUAUGAAAUCCUGAAGGAUCCAAAGAGUAUGCCAGUCCACCAAGUGUUAACAAAAAAUGUUUCAACUUCACAGAUUGAUCAUCUAGAGGAAGGCAAAAUAAUUCAGGAGAAAUCCAGUGCUAAGGCUGAACAGACUUUGAAUCUUAAUAGCCUUGAAGAUCCUCCCACUGAUGUUGAAAUAAAAAAAGAAAUUAAUAUUCAAGCUCAUCAGCAGACUAGAUUGCCACAAGAACAGAACAAGAAUUCCAACAGGUCAUUUAACACUGGGUGGCCUAGUGCUUAUCACACCCUCAAAUGUCAUGAGGUUGCCAAUAUUCCACCUAUAGGAGGAAAACCAGAUUUAUCUAUUAUUGGUACAGACUUUUUUUUUAGUGAUAUUAAAGAAAAGAAUAACUAA